AUGAAGUUCGCCGCCGCCAUCACCCUCUCUGCCCUUGCCGCGUCCGCCAUGGCCGCCGCCAUCGCCGACCCGAAGGCCAACCCCGUCAUCGAUGCCGUUGUCGACGAGCGUGACGCCGCCGCCGCCGCUCCCGCCGAGGAGGCUCCCGCCUACGUUUCAGUCAGCGCCGGCAAGGACAAGCGUGACGCCGCUGAGGCGGCGCCGGCUUAUGUCUGGGCUUCUUGCGGGAAAGUCAAGCGCGAUGCUGACCCUGAAGCCUGGGUUUCUUGCGGUAGGAAGCAGUAG